UUGCGCCCGUUCGGGAAACUGAGGGACCGAAACGGCAAGUCUGUGCGCUGAGUUAAAUGCAUUUUUAGGUCGCCUCAUCAGGAAGUAAAUAUUUCCCCCUGGGCAGGGUCUGUGAGGAGCACGCGCAUAAAAGCCCAACGGCUUCCCAAGGCAGGGCAAAGCAAGCCUCAGCCAACACAGACGGGACUCCACGAGGCCUGGAACCACUUGGAGGAGGACCACCACACCUUCUCGCCGCCCCCCCCCGCAAGCCCAAGAUGUUGUGCCGCUUGCAUCUGACCGCGCCACGCAGCCCUUUGAGCAGCCGCACCCUGUGGCCCAGCCCGGGCUCACUGUUUGAGGAACUGGAGCGAGAGAUGGAUGCCAUCUGGGAGCGGCUGAGGAGCAACUGGCCGUCUGCGACGAGCAGCCACGAGACGGCCCGUCGGACAGAUGCGGAGAGCCCCGCCGGACGGUUUGCGGUGACCCAAGACAUGGCUGGAUUCGACCCCAAGGAGUUAGUGGUCAAACUGGUUGGGGAGAAGCUGGUGCUCACGGGGAAGAAGGCCACGCAGACACCCAACGGCCCCUUCCGCUAUGAGCUGUUCCGGAGGGAAUGGGAUGUGCCCGAGAACGUGGACCGCGAACAUCUAACCUGCUCGAUUUCUAGUGAGGGGCAGCUGCGCAUUGAAGCCCCUUCCGUGGCGUCAGAACCCGCCAUGAGAACAGUGCCCAUUGACGUCAGUCGGCUGGAGGACAGUGCCGGGGCCGAGUCAGGGGGCACAGAAGACCCCAGGGCCAAAGCUUGAGAGACUGAAUGGGGGAAAAGACUUUUUAAACGUGACAAGAAAAUGUAGCUUGAGACUACUGACUGAUAUGUUGUACCAA